GAGACUGUUUCUACUCCACAUGUGUGCAUGAGCGCUGUACAGAAAGACUUUGAUCUGUAGAACUCUCAGGGGGAAAACAUUACCUUCGCCACAGAGGUUCCUGGAUCUUAGCAAUGAGACUCUUUAUCCUUCUUUGGCUUUUUAUCCUGGGGCAGAACAUGGAUAAAUCUUUACAACAGGAUGCCACAAAAUGUAAACUGCCAACGGCACUUGAAGGAACCACGUAUCAAACAUCUUACAGAAACGUGUUUUCACCUGGUGACACACUGACAGUCAUGUGUGGAGAGAAGUACUGGAUUAAUCAACCUACAGAGACCUCAGCGGUAACUACAUGCAAUGAUGAUGGAACAUGGAGUAUCAGACCAGUGUGCCAAGAGGUUAUAUGCAGUAACCAACGAGAAAAUGACGUGAAUUAUUGGAAUGUUUAUUGGGGGCAACGAAUCACAUUGGGCGAUACUGUCAGAUACAGGUGUAGACCAAACUACAAGAGCACAGAUGGCUCCUACCGGGCUGUAUGUCACAGAGAUGGGUGGAGACCAAAACCACUUUGUCAAGAAAUAAUAUGUGACAGACUGGAAAUCCCAAACGCAGAUAUUUCCUACCCUAACAAAAUGAAAUACAAAACCAAUGAACAGGUCAACUAUGUCUGCAACGAAGGUUACAAGGGAAAUCCCACACGAAUCUGUGGGGAAAAUGGUUGGGUUGGCAAUUCACAAUGCACAGCCACAAAAUGUAAACUGCCAACGGCACUUAAAGGAACCACGUAUCAAACAUCUUACAGAAACGUGUUUUCACCUGGUGACACACUGACAGUCAUGUGUGGAGAGAAGUACUGGAUUAAUCACCCUACAGAGACCUCAGCGGUAACUACAUGCAAUGAUGAUGGAACAUGGAGUAUCAGACCAGUGUGCCAAGAGGUUAUAUGCAGUAACCGACGAGAAAAAGACGUGGAGUAUUGGAAUGUUUACUGGGGGCAACGAAUCACAUUGGGCGAUACUGUCAGAUACAGGUGUAGACAAAACUACAAGAGCACAGAUGGCUCCUACCGGGCUGUAUGUCACAGAGAUGGGUGGAGACCAAAACCACUUUGUCAAGGAGCUGUCGGUUGUGGGCCACCACCAUUCCUUGCAGAUGGAGACGUGAAGUACGAAACAAAAAGUCAAUACAGCCAUAACGAAAGGGCUGAAUACAUGUGUCAGAUGUACUACACCAUGGAGGGAGAGCCUUACACCACCUGCAUCAAUGGCACAUGGACUGGACUGAUGAGAUGCCUCAAACCCUGUGUUGUGAAUGAAGACGACAUCCGACAGCAUAAUAUUUCUUUAAAAUCUAGUAACAAUAAAUUUUUCACUCAUGAUGAGCUGGUCGAGUUCAGGUGUGCCAGAGGAACACCUGUUGGUGCAGUGGCAAUGCGUCAGAGGUGUAAUAGUGGUGUGAUUCUUCUGCCUACGUGCAACUGAGAAUUUUAGUCAACCGAAAUAUCGUGCAACAUGUUAUGUACUGAUCCUCCAUUUCCAUGUUGUCAACAGUGGAAAUUGUAAUAAAGACAUACAUGAUCUCUCA